GGGAGAUGAAAGACUACACGGUCAUAUGUGGGCAGCUCGACCAAUCAAAGAGCCAGGAGCUCGUUUGUUUACAGUGGGUGGAGGAGAAAUGUGCAGUGAACAAGGGUGUCAUAAGCCCCAUUGAUGGAACAUCCAUGGAGUUUGUUCGGAGUAAGAAGAUGUUCCAGAAGUCAGAAUACAAAGAAAAUGGAAAGAUCAUCCGCUGGACAGAAGUGUUCUUCCUGCCGAGAGGCCACAAUCCCAAAGGUGGAGCCACUGACUCAGCCGAACACAGCCGGCUGACGGAGCGGAUUGCUCGAGCGUUUUGCUUGGCACUUUGUCCUCACCUGAAACUGCUAAAAGAGGAUGGGAUGGCCAAACUGGGGCUGCGUGUCACAUUUGACUCCCAAGAGGUGGGAUUUGUGGCUGGAAGCAAUGGGCACCAUCUCCCAGCUCAGUACCUCAACGCCUUGGACAGUGUGCUGAUCCCAGUCAUCCACAGCAGGGGCCGCACGAGAGGAGAAGAGCCCAUUGUGAUGGAACUCAUCUUUUACAUCCUGGAGAACAUCACUUAGUAUACUUCAACUCCACACAAGUUUGUCUCAACUCUGACCACAGCUCUGGCUUAAGUCCCGCCAUCAGUUUCCAUUUAAACCAGGACCGCAACCAAGGUCCUCCAAAACCUAAAAGAGACGAGCGGUCUGACUCCAAGUCCGAGAAAAGCAUGAAAUUAACGAUGGACUGAUGAUCAGAAUCCAGCUCCUGCUCUGAAGAAGAAACGUCAUGGCUCGUCAUCAUUCAUGUCACAUUAGGAUGAUACCUUUUAAGAUAUGGGCUGGAUUCAGCCUACGACCUUAAAGCAAAAAGAACGGAAGGAAAAAAACAAGUUUAGGAAUUUUAUGUAGUCGAUAUGUAGCGGUUUCACAUGUU